GGGGGCGGGUUUGCGCUGCGGAGCCGCGGAGCCGGGGCUGCGCUCCGCGUCCCGCCGAGCACAGGCACCCGCCGAGGGCCUGCGCCGGGCAGCCGUGGGGCAGCCGUGGGACAGCCACAGGGCAGCCGUGGGGCUCCGAGCCCCGCAGCCCGCGGGCCCGCCCGCCCCGCCCGGGUGGAGCCGUGCCCCGCCCCGCCGCGGGAGGAGGAUGAGGCGGCGGUGGCGGCCCCGGCCGAGGCGGCUGCCCCAUGGCGGAGGAUGUUGACUUGAAAUCAUGUCGGGGAGCUUUAGAUGACUGCUGUCCACCUCCAGGAGAGGAUCAGCUGGAACUGCAAGAAGAAGAGGAGAAAGACAAAAAUCAAAGCAACAGCAACCAUGUAGAUUCCCUUCUCUCCUUGGAGGGCUAUUUACAGCUUCUGUCAUCACAGGUGGAGAACAUGCUAGAGGUGAACUUACUGGAGGAUACACAAAUUGCUACCUCUAGUAGAGGCCAAGACCCAUCAUCCUCACACCACAAUAUAAACUUGACCCAGACACUUCAGAACAGUUUCAGUCCUCCUGAUGCCAUGCUACUAAGAACAGACUACCCCACUCCAUUAAAUCCAAAACCAAGACACUUACAAAGGCAAGAGUUUUUCCCUCAAUCAAACUCUGACAUCACAAAUCCAGAAUCACAAUUUCAUGGGUCAAAUUUGACAGGGCUGUUUUCGGCUGCUGACCUUAGAAAUCUAACAGCCCAUGAUGAUAAUUUUGAUGAAAUUAAGCUCAUGUCUUUGGCUUUAGAAGAAGGCUUUAGUCCUAUAGAAGUUUCUCAGAUCUUUGAAGAGCCUGGCUCAGAUUCGGGACUACCUUUGAAUUCAAAUCACAGCACCACCUCCUAUUCAGUCUGCUGUGAAGAUUCUGUUGGGUACAGCUACAGCAGCGGUGUUAAAUCUGCUCCUUCGCACGGCUUAGGAGCUGUUGCUGGCCACUGCCAAGAAAACAUUAAGCACAGCCAUGUGGAAUAUCCAGGUGUUGCACAGGGUCCUACAGAAGCCAUGCUUCAGCAGUUUCUUCAUAAUCACACUUACAAUCAGCUGCCAAGUCAAGCAGCAUUCACUCCAGAGCAUCACCAACAGAUGUGGAUGAAGAAAUCAAACGAAGUAAAGGAGAGGUACCACAAUUCUACUGCUACAAACCGGAGCAGAGAUGAAUGGCGUGCAAAAGCUCUGAGAAUACCAUUUUCAGUCGAGGAAAUUGUGAGCAUGUCCGUUGAGUCUUUCAACACCAUGCUGGCAAAGAACCAGCUGACAGAAACUCAGGUAUCACUUUUACGUGACAUCAGACGAAGAGGAAAAAACAAGGUAGCCGCCCAGAAAUGUCGUAAACGCAAACUGAAUGCAAUUCUUAACUUGGAAGAAGAUGUGUGUAAUCUCCAAACACAAAAGGAGAGCCUUAAAAAGGAGCACUCUCAGUGUAGCAAAUUAAUCAACCAGAUAAAGCAAAAAUUAAACAACUUGUACCAUGACAUUUUCAGCAGACUGAGGGAUGACCAGGGUAGACCUGUUAACCCAUGCCAGUAUGUCAUUCACUGCAGUAGCAAUGGUGGCGUUUUCAUAAUACCCAAGCACUUGGCCAAAUCUGAACAGAAACAAGAUAACAGAAAAGAGCAGAAACAAAAGUAAGAUGACUGGAGAUCACCUAAAUCACCUUCAUUUUGCCUGAAAGGAUGAUAAGAGUACUUGUGUGACAACUAAAGGUCAGUGAUUACAGCAGUUCAAACAGAAACUACACUUGAGGAGAAUCAUUCUAUGUUCAAGGGUCUGGCAAACCCACCCAGCUGUGAUCUGUUAGAAGGUCCAUGAGCUGAGGCUUCUGGAUGAGGAAAUCUGUUUAGUUUUAGUUGGAAUUAAAGGAGCUAGACCAUCAGUGUAAUGUAGCUUCAUAGACCUAUGUUAAAACUAGGAAUUUAGUUACUGGUAAUGGGGGGCAGAGGGAAGAACAUCAGUGAGGGAUAAAAGUAAACUUUUUGAAUCAAUGUUAAACAUGCAAGAAAAUGUUUUAAUCUUGAAUACUUGACUCUUUAUACAGAAAAUGACCUUAUUUUAUUGUCUACCAUGAAAGAAAAAUUACAGUUCUAGUGCAUUUUCAACUUAAACUCACUGUGGAUUUACAUAGGCUCAGGAGAUAACUGCAUGCUUUGCAUUUAUUCAGAACAGCUCUGCUUUUCCUAGUAUUCCUUUGAGGAGAGCAGCCCAGGAGGCUACUGCAUUUUUCCUCAGUAUUUUCAGCAUCAUAACUCCCAAGUAAAGAUAAUAUGCCACUUAAUUUUACAACUCAUACACUCAAUCUGCAAACAUGCUGAAAAAGUGUCUGAUUCAGUGUUUUCUUACCUUUAUUCUCUGCAACUAAAUCAUUCUCAAUUUUCUUCCACAAAAAUGACCAGUGAUGAAGGAGUAUCUGUUCUGUUUCCUAGUGACUGUGAUAUUUAUUUGUGUACCUUCUCUUUUCUUCCUAUUUUGACCUUCCUCAAGAAGUACUUGAGUUUUUUUCUGCAGCAUUUCUAACUGAUAUUUUUUAAGGGUCUUUAAUGUUUCAGACUUAAAUUUUUAAAAUACACAUUUUACUUAGCCUUUAAAUUAAGUUGAACCAAAUUACUGUUUAUCUAUACUUGUAAUUAUGAGGAUACACUCUGAUAGUGCUCCAAAUGAAGUUUUUUGGUUUGGAAAUUUAUUUGUGCUAUUAGAAAGAAGUUUUAUUCACUUACAUACUUACAACAUCCUAUCCUUUACUGUUUUACAGCCUGAAAAAGGUUUGCAAGAGAGAUGGCCUAAAAGGCCUGUAAUGAAUGAUAACAGAGGAAUGUUGAGGUAUAUUAUGAAAGUAACUACAAAUACUAAUUUCUAGAAAACAAAUACUUCUUGUUAAUUUUUUAACUAAAACACAUAAAACUGGUAUUUAAAAAGUUCUCAUUGGUCAUGGCAUGAUGACAAUGGAGCAAAUUUACAUUCAGGUGUGUUAAAAAAAUCACUUGUACCAACCAACUACAUAUACAAGCUUAAAUGCCUAUUUAUACCUGCUGAAGAAACAAACUGCCACUAGUAUGGAAGUCACAUUGGCUGCUUGCACUUAUCUGUAGCAAAACUGAUACUAUCAAGUGACAUUUUCUAAAAAGGGAGCCAUAAGAUAAUUUGGUGCACAUGGCACUAUCAAUAAUGAAAUCAGACUGUUUGAACAAUUUUCUCAACAUUUUCUAUUAAAAUAUUUCUUUAAAUAUUUGUAUGCAUGUGUUCUUUACUGG